GAAAUAUCUUUGCUCCAAUAUAAACUGUCCAUAUGUUUCAUGCUUUAUCAAUAUAUAGAUGUAGCCAAUAAAUAGUUGUGCAUAAUAGAAUUGAAGGCAUACUUUAUUUCAACUUUUGGGUGGGAUUUAGGCAUAGUUUGUUUCAAAUUAAUGGCAGAGUUGUAUUUUAAUAACAGCCUAGCAGAUAAGGUGCCUGAUGAGGAGGAUGCUUGGGAUUGUGAAGAAGAGGAAAAUGAUUUGGGUGUGUCUUUUGCAGGUCUCACUCAUCCUACUCACCAGACAUUUCUCAAAGCAGCACUUAAUUUGAAAGAUGAGGUGGUGCAAGCAACAUGGACACAGGAGGACUUCCGCUGCAGAGAUCCAACCAUCUAUACUGGGUUAUCGGGAACUGCUUUUCUCUGUUUCAAAUCAUACCAGCUGACCGGUAACAUGGAGGAUCUAGCAUUAUGCAGUGAAUUAAUUGAUGCUUGUGCUGCAGUGGCAAGGAAUUUAAGACAACAUGUGACUUUUCUGUGUGGCAAGGCUGGUGUCUAUGCUCUUGGAGCAGUUGUUGCAAAAUACAAGGGUGAUAAGCAAAGAAGUGACUUCUUUUUCAACCUUUUCUGGGAGGUAGCACAAGAGAGGGCACUUGCAGUGGGUCCUGAGGAGGGAGGUCUUGGGAUGCCAUAUGAAUUGUUUUAUGGGCGUGCAGGAUUCCUGUGGUCUGCUCUGUUCAUUAACAAGUAUCUCGGUCCAGAAACAAUCCCCUGGAGUGUACUGGGGCCAAUUGUGGAUGCUGUGAUAGCUGGUGGGCGAGCAGGUUCAUCUCACACCCUUUGUCCACUGAUGUACCAAUGGCAUGGGACGAGGUAUUGGGGAGCUGCCCAUGGACUUGCAGGAAUAAUGCAUGUUCUUCUUCACUUUCCAUUGUGUAGAGAAGAUGCAGCGGAUGUUAAGGAAACAUUGCGCUACAUGAUUAGAAACCGUUGUAUUCCAUCUGGGAAUUACCCAUCUCGUGAAGGCAAUUCAAGAGACAAGUUUGUGCAAUGGUGUCAUGGUGCUCCCGGUGUUGCCAUGGCUCUCUGCAAAGCAGCUCAGGUAUUUCCAGAGGACCCUGAUUUCCAUCAAGCUGCUAUUGAGGCUGGUGAAUUGGUAUGGAAGAAGGGUUUAAUCCGAAAGCUUGGACUCUGCCAUGGCAUUAGUGGAAAUACUUACACAUUUCUUGCACUUUACCGUUUGACAAAAGAUAAACUGUAUCUUCAUCGAGCAAAAGCAUUUGCUGGCUUCCUAUACAGUAAUGGGAGGAGUCUCAUUGAAUCUGGUCAGAUGAAUGGUGGAGAUCAACCAUAUUCUUUAUUUGAAGGCCUAGGGGGCACUGCAAACUUAUGGUUUGAUAUGGUGAAACCCGAUGAAGCAAGGUUUCCUGGUUUUGAGCUGUAGAAACUUGAAACUAUACUUGUAUAUCUUACAAAUGGGUAUAUGGCUAUGCAUCAGUUAUCUGGUCCUGUAUAUUUAUCAUCAAGAUAUUUAAUUAUAGUUGGCCAGUUUUGGUGCAGCCACAAUCACUUUUCUUCUUAGUAGCCUUUUUUUGAGUGCACUAAGAUUUGUUGAGUUUCCAUUUGUUGAUUUCCCAUACUGAAAAUAUGUCGUUCAUCUUGCUAGCAGAUUUUCAGAAUGGAGUAACGAUGUAUUUUCAGAAUGGAGUUUAAGUUCAUCGUUAUUUUUAAGAUGGAGGACUUUCUUUGAAGUUAUGAGAAUUACAACAGAAAUCAGUCGUAUUUUCUAUUGAGUCGAAUCUACUAUGUAAAUUCCCAAGUAUUUGGGUUUACCAGUACCUUCAUCCUUAUUUUCAAGAUAGUGAGAUUUCUUAGACAAUAGAAAUCAGUCACAGCUUCUAUUGAAUAAAAUUUACUAUAUAAUUUCCCAGUUAUUUGGGUUUACCUUCA